AUGGCUCUACAUCGAAUGGAACAAUCGAUGACGCAAUUCAGUCAGGAGGAGGAAAUCAACAUGACUCUCCAAGCGACAAGCAAUAACCAGGAGAAAGGAGCCGUGACCAGCAACAUCAACGAAAUCAACUCGAUGUCAUCGUUGGAUGACUCUAGGAGCUGCAUGCACCUACCAGCACUAGAGGAACCCUCGAUGUCCAUUUGUUGCAACAAAUUCGGAUCAAUAUCUGAAAAUUCCCUCAUUCUCUACAACUUUGGUGUUCUCAUCGUAAAACAUCAUCGCUUCUUCAAGGAUCAGCAUGCAACGUGA